GGUGCAACACGAGCGCCUGCACAUGAAGCACAGAGGACACGAGGCCAUGCACGCAGAGAUGGUGCUGAUCCUCAUCGCCACGCUGGUGGUGGCUCAGAUAGUCCUGGUGCAGUGGAAGCAGAGGCACCACCGCUCCUACAAUCUGGUGACUCUGGUCCAGAUGUGGGUGGUUCCUCUUUACUUCACCAUCAAACUGUACUGGUGGCGUUUUCUGUCCAUGUGGGGGAUGUUCUCCGUCAUCACUAGCUACGUCAUCUUCAGAGCCACCCGCAAGCCGCUGUCCUGCAGGACGCCGAGGAUCAAAGCAGAGGACUCGAUGGAUGUUGGUGUGAUUAUGCUGUUUUAUGGACUUUACUACGGCGUCAUGGGCAGAGACUUUGCUGAGCAUUGUGGGUAAAAAGCAGACGUGUCCUUACUGCAAUGAGAAGGUUGACUUGAAGAGGAUGAUGAACAACCCCUGGGAGAAGACGCAUGUCCUUUACGGGCAGCUUCUCGACUGGCUCAGAUAUUUGGUUGCUUGGCAACCCAUCAUCAUUGGUAUCGUUCACGGCAUUAAUUUCUCCCUGGGCCUCGAGUAAAGCCCCGAGGAACACCGCCAUAAGUACGACUGGAGUCGAGUUACACUCAGGACACGUGUGAUAGCAAACUGUCACAGUAGGCGCUACAAGGAACCGAAUGCAGCUGCUUUCAAAGUUUUUCACUUCGUGUUCUCGGACUAAACUCUCACAUGGUUUACUGCAGAGUAAACGGAAAGCGUCAGAGUCUCAACACGACCCCAAAACUGCUGCCAACCCAAACAGAGUGAUUGGAGCACAGAGCCAGUAUUUUGACAGAUCAAUCUAGUUUGGUCUGGAAGUGUUGCUGUCAUGCAUGCCAUUUCUGUUUACCUGAAAGAUGCUUUACUUUGUUCUGUCUUACAGAUUUUCGUGUUUAAUUUGCACACUCCCCCUUUUUUUGUUUCUUCUUUUUUUUUUUUUUU